AUGCAGCUGUACAGUAUCCAAUCGAUGCUCAAGGAAGGCUACAGACACCUCUCUGGCCUAGAGAAAGCCGUCAUCAAAAACAUCAAAGCUUGCAAGGAGCUCUCCACCAUCACCCGCACUUCUCUCUGCCCCAAUGGAUUGAACAAAAUGGUUAUAAACCAUUCAGAUAAGCUCUUUGUAACCAACGACGCUGCGACCAUUGUGAAUGAGCUCGAGAUUCAGCACCCUGCUGCGAAGAUUCUUGUUUUAGCUGCCAAGGCGCAGCAGGAAGAGAUCGGAGAUGGAGCUAACCUCACCAUCUCUUUUGCGGGAGAGCUUUUACAGAAUGCGGACUGCAGAGGAGCUUGUCAGGAUGGGGUUGUUGAGGUUCUUGAAGAAUUGGUUGAGAGUGGUUCUGAGAGGAUGGAUGUGCGUAGCAAAGGUGAAGUUGUUUCUAGAAUGAGAGCUGCUGUUGCUAGCAAGCAGUUUGGUCAAGAGGAGAUUAUUUGUUCCUUAGUAGCUGAUGCAUGUAUUCAAGUAUGCCCAAAGAAUCCAACCAAUUUUAAUGUGGAUAACGUCCGUGUUGCCAAGUUUCUUGCAGGAGGAUUGCACAACUCUUGCAUUGUCCGUGGCAUGGUCUUGGAAAGCGAUGCUGUUGGGAGCAUAAAGCGAAUGGUAAAAGCAAAGGUUGCUGUAUUUGCUGGGGGCGUUGACACUACUGCAACAGAAACAAAAGGAACUGUCUUGAUCCAUAGUGCCGAGCAGAUUUCUUCGCCGGGAUUGAAGAUUCAAACAGUGACGCUUAACGUCGAUUGA